GAUCCGCGGCAGACGCACGUCAAAAAACCGAUCGACGGCUCUCUCGCUGCGCGUUGGUGCUCUGCGGUGAAUAAUCAAGUCAGUCAAAUGAGUGCGAUACCCCUGGCCUGCGCAAGGACACAUGCGAAAUUUAGCGGCCGAGGGCUAAAAGCGUGCUCUGGUCGUUGAUCGUCGUUGAUAUAUAUUGACAGAAGCAUUUCAAGUCGCCAACAUUUCACCGUCCAAGAGGACCGUGUUGUUUUCGUCUGCGUGCUUGUGUGUGUUAAUUUUUGUAAUAAUGUCUAUUCGGUUUUACUCUUGGCUAAUGGUGCCGUUGGCGCUGUUAGUGACAUCAGGAGAAGCUGAGGAUGUGUCCGGCUUGAGCACAAACCAAGUAGUUACAAAUACUUUCAACUUUGGCCCUCUUUCCACAACAAACAAACUUCGAAAAACGUUGUUAGAGCCUGAUUAUAGCCUAGGACUACAACGCAUGUUUCUGACUGACCAAAGAGUAACCUGCAAUGACGGGUCGCCUGCAGGAUAUUACAUCAGGAAGACUCCUGGUAGUAGACGUUGGAUUAUAUUUCUAGAAGGCGGUAUGUACUGCUACGACCCUCGCUCAUGUGGCCGGCGCUGGGCCCGUGCUAAGGGAUUAAUGAGUUCUCAUCAGUGGGCUGAUGUUAGACAUGCUGGAGGCAUAUUAUCUCCAAAUUCUGAUGAAAAUCCGUACUGGUGGAAUGCAAAUCACAUCUUAGUGCCGUACUGCUCAAGUGAUUCUUGGAGUGGCGCUCAGGGUCCUUCAAGACGAAGAUACUUCUACGCCUCCGAGCCCAACACCCCUAGGUUCAACUUUAUGGGCUCGUACAUAGUCAGCCAGGUUGUCAGUGACCUGCUUCCUCAGGGGCUUAUCAAUGGAUCUAAACUAAUUUUAGCAGGCAGUAGUGCCGGUGGAACUGGGGUUCUGCUAAACAUAGACAGAAUUGCCAGUACCUUGCGACGAGUCGCGCCCAGAUUGGACGUUAGAGGGCUAUCUGAUUCUGGAUGGUUCCUCGAUAGGGCGCCUUUUCCAAACAAUGACCUGGAUCCAAGGUGCAGAGAAAAGGGGACUUGUCGAGCUGGGCCAGCAACGUUAGCACUUCAACAUGCCCUCAGAUAUUGGGAAGGCAGGGUGCCGGAAGAAUGUGCACUUCAGCAUCCCACUGACAAGUGGAAGUGCUUUUUUGGUCAAUUCGUUUACCCCUCAAUUCGAACGCCACUUUUUAUAUUUCAGUGGCUAUUCGAUGAAGCGCAAAUUGCUGCUGAUAAUGUGGGCGCACCAACUACCAAGCAGCAAUGGGAUUACAUUCAUUCAAUGGGUGAUAAUCUGCGUCGAUCAUUGGAAAAUGUGACGUCGUUUUUCGUACCAUCCUGCAUUUCGCACACGGUGCUCACGUCGAGAGAUUGGCGUCACGUCAGAGUAAGCAGGGUCAGUCUGCCAGAAGCUCUUGUGUGCUGGGAGCUACAGCCAGUGCAUAAAGUAGCCAAUAAACAUUACAGCCCAAUGAGCAGACAUCUCAGUAGGCACAGACAUGGAGUGCUAACAAACACAACUUGGCCGUUGUAUAUGUUAGCUGAUGCGCCUGCAAAAACGACAAGAGGUGUUGCCAGAACUGCAGUUGACCUCACUGUUGCUAGUGGGCAUUCAAAACCUGGAGCACCUGAUAAUGCCAGUCCUAGGAAUAAGAAUAAGAGGAGAAGGUGCAAGAAAAAUAAUAGAGAGCGGGACGGGAAGCAGCAAAGGCAAGGAGGAAAAGGACGCAGGACGGAACGUCGCUGUCGGAACAAAGAGAGAAACAAGAAUAGUGAACAGCGCCAGAGAGCAUCACAGAAGAAUGAGAGACCUGGUGGAAAUAGAAAUGGGCAAAACAGAAAUAAUAACAGGAGGGAGCAGCGAUCACUUCUUGCCCAGUGUCAGUUCAGGGUUGUCGAGCGAUGCUCUUGGCCGCAGUGCAACCAUUCAUGCCCUAAAUUACACAACCCUUAUACAGGUGAAGAACUUGACUUCAUAGAGUUGUUGAAGUCAUUUGGUUUGGACAUGAGUAGUAUGGCUCAGGCCCUUGGGAUCGAUCUUGACACUCUACAAAAUAUGGAGCACAAAGAGCUUCUCAAUUUGUUGACUCAGCAAGCCAACUGAAUAUAUGCAAAACGCAAUUUUUGCCCAGAAAAAGGCAGGGACGUACUUAUUCGAAUGGGCAUACCAGCUGGUAAAUUAGUCAUGCAUUUUAGGAUAUUUCAAUGUAUACUCUGCUUAUAAUGCAAAUACUCAAUUAUGAUGUAUGCAGUAAAAUGUUAUAGGCCAGGCAUCUAAUUAGCAAGUAUGUGAAUUAAUAUUAUCAAUGAUUGCUUGUUUCUACUUUCCUCAAUAAUUAUACAAGAAGCCAUUUUUAAUUUAUAGUAAUUUUAUAAGCUACCAAAGGUGUGAUUACUAUUUAUUUAAACUUAACCAAAUUUCCAAUAUUUUUGUAAAAAGAAUUUUGAACUUUCUCUUCUGUGAAUGUCAGUAUUAAUGGAGUCCCUGUGAUACAACAACUUGACGAAAAGUUAAUAAUGUGGCUCCGCAAACCUCAUAUUGGCAGAUACUUAGGAAUUAUAAACUUGAAACUGUUAAUUUAUACUUAUAAUUAAUUUUAAAUGUUUUAAACCUAAUAUUUUUCAAUACCUACCUCCAUGCAUUAUCGUGAAGUGAUUUGCAUUUCAGAGAAGUACAAAAUGUUGUUGAACCACUUUUCUCAUUGUAUAUUAUUAAUAAUAUUAUAACAUAUAUGCAUGUAGUUCUGUAAAGUGACCAUAAAAUUGAAUGUUUGUGUAAAAUAUUUUUAAGUCUCCAAAAAGUAACUUAUGUGAAGAAUGCAAUAAAAAUGAA